UAGUGUGCCGGGCGCGCACCGCGCAGUAUCGCGCCGCACUCGCCGCUUCUCGGACCUGGGACCUCGGCGCUCGCGACCCACUAGUGAUGUGCCUUUAGCCGAUCAUGUGCAGGCGACGAUUGUGUUUUGUGAGAGUGUGCGCGCGAGGCAUCAGGCGGCGCCGGCCCGCGCACCCUUAGCCUCCAGAACAUGUGGACCCUCUUGGCACUGCUUUGCGCGCUCCUCGCUUUUGGUGGCGGGGCCACUUUCGCGCCCAACAAGGAGCUACUAGAGUGUGCAAGCCAGAUCCUGUACAUGAACCAGCACGCGUACAAGAUUCCUGAAAACUACAAUAGAAACAUUCCACCUGGUAAAAACACAACAGUUUACAUUGGAAUAAACGUCAAUCGGGUUUCUGGAGUUGAUGAGAAUAAAGAGGAAAUAACACUAGAUGUGUUCUUGCAAGUGUCAUGGGAAGACGGACAGCUGCAAAUCCCGCCGGGGAUGCCGUUCAUCGACCUGCCGUGGGAGUUUCGGCAGCUGAUCUGGACUCCGGACCUGUAUAUCUGGCAGUUGCAGACGAUGAGGACAAUGUCCGUAUUGCAAGAGAUGGCUUCCCUCAGGAUUUAUUCGAACAGCACUGUCUCAGUAAAUAUAGGAGCCACUAUAACAAUCAAAUGUCAAAUGGAUUUCGUUCUGUACCCACUUGAUGUGCAGAAAUGUGCUAUCGAUUUUGGUAGUUACAAAUACACAUCAGAGGACGUUCGUUUCGAGUGGCACGCAGGCGCCCCCUGGCGAGGGCUGGUGGGCAAACAGCGCAACCAGUUCCGUCUGCCGAAGUACGUGGUCACGUUCGUCACGGACAAAAGUAAUCAUAUUCGAAAUUUUGGUGAAGGAGAACAUUCAGCAGCUCGGCUGCAGAUCAAGUUGUCUCGCGAAUUGCGCAGCUACCUGCUGGAGAGCUACCUGCCCUCGUCUCUCUUCGUCAUCAUCUCGUGGGGCAGCUUCUGCGUCAUCCCAGAGAUCGUGCCUGGCCGCAUGGUGCUGCUAGUCACCACACUACUCUCACUCGUCACGAUGUUUGACACCGAUUCACCGAUACUUGAUACAAUGCCGCCGAGUGGAUCGUCCAGGGGUUUCAUGGUCCGAGUGGCGACCAUGGUAGACCACGGCGUUAUGUUCUGUGGAGCCCAACAUGGGGCUCUCGACAAAUUCGCCCUCAUGCUCUUCCCGAUAUGCUUUUUUCUUUUUACCGUCAUUUACUGGACAACUUACCUCAGCGAAGCUCAUCGAGCUACUCUCGAGUGA